CCCCAGCUUCCCAGGGAUGGUUUAGGCAGCUGUUUCCACCUCCAGACUUCCGGUUCCUGUCCUCGGAAUAGGGCCGCAGCCACUAUGGAGGAACCGGAGAUGCAGCUCAAGGGGAAGAAAGUAACAGACAAGUUCACUGAGAGUGUCUACGUCCUGGCCAACGAGCCAUCCGUGGCCCUGUACCGGCUGCAGGAGCACGUGCGCCGCUCUCUGCCCGAGCUGGCCCAGCAUAAGCGCCGUGAAGAACCUUGUCGACAGCAGCGUCUACUUCCGCAGCGUGGAGGGCCUCCUCAAACAGGCCAUCAGCAUCCGAGACCACAUGAACGCCACAGCCCAGGGCCACAGCCCCGAGGAGCCGCCCCCGUCCUCCUCAGCCUGAUCCCGGAAGAGACUUGGAGGUGCUUUGGCCCCUCUGACUCAGCCCGACCAAAGCUUGGACCCUUGGACACAGCCUUGUGGGACUUGGCAGGGACAGAAGACCAAGUCCUGGCCCGGGGAACCGAACACCCCAGCCCCCGGACUCCCGCUGUCCUGUCACAGUGCCUGCUCCAGGUGGCCACUGUGCUCAUAUCCAUCACUGUAGAUUCAGCACGCACAGCCACCUCCCCCCAGCAGUUCCGGUCACGGUCACGCCAACAUCUGGAGAAGGGGCCGCCAGACCAAGGACACUCCACCCAGCCUGGGACAAUGGGGAGGAAGAAAAUUCAGAUCUCACGCAUUCUGGACCAAAGGAAUCGGCAGGUGACAUUUACCAAGCGGAAGUUUGGGCUGAUGAAGAAGGCCUAUGAGCUAAGUGUACUCUGCGACUGUGAGAUCGCCCUCAUCAUCUUCAAUAGCGCCAACCGCCUCUUCCAGUACGCCAGCACGGACAUGGACCGUGUGCUACUGAAGUACACAGAGUACAGUGAGCCCCAUGAGAGCCGCACCAACACCGACAUCCUCGAGACACUGAAGCGGAGGGGCGUGGGCCUUGAUGGACAAGAGCUGGAGCCAGAGGAGGGGAUUGAAGGGCCAGGAGAGAAGCUGCGGAGGCUGGCAGGUGAUGGGGGUGACCCAGCCUUGCCCCGACCCCGGCUCUAUCCAGCAGCUCCCACUAUGCCCAGCCCUGACAUGGCAUAUGGGGCCCUGCCCCCACCAGGCUGCGACCCCAGUGGGCUUGGGGAGGCCCUGCCUGCCCAGAGCCGCCCAUCCCCCUUCCGCCCAGGAGUCCCCAAAGCUGGCCCCCCAGGCCUGGCGCACCCUCUCUUCUCAGCAAGCCACCUCGGCAGCAAGACACCACCGCCCCUGUACCUGACAGUGGAUGGGAGGAGGCCAGACCUGCCUGGUGGCCUCGCUGGGGCCCGAGGGGGACUGAGCACCUCAAGAGGCCUCUAUGGUAGCCUGCAGAGUCCGUGCUCCACUGCCACCCCGGGACCCCCACUAGGGAGCUUCCCCUUCCUCCCUGCAGGUCCCCCAGAAUAUGGCCUGGGAGACCCCCCUCCGCCCCCAGGCUUGCUGCAGCCCCCCACCCUGGCCCCCUGGCAGCCCUCCAGGGGUGAUGGGUCCCCGGCCACCCCCGCCCAGCCCAGUGGGGGCCGCAGCCUGGGCGAGGAAGGCCCCCCAGCCCGCGGCGCCUCCUCGCCCACCCCACCAGUCAGCAUCAAGUCCGAGCGCCUCUCGCCGGCCCCUGGAGGCCCCGGCGACUUUCCAAAGGCCUUCCCCUACCCCUUGCUCCUGGCCCGGCCCCUGGCAGACCCCCUACGGCCUGGGCCCCCGCUGCGCCGGCUGCCCACUACCGAUGGCUGGCCCCGGUAGUAGGCCCGGGGGUGGCACCGAUUCUGCCCCUCACACCAGGCGGGGUGAGGGCACGUGGGGUCCCAACCUUCCCCCCUGCGUCCUUGGAGAAGACCCAGCAGUUACGACCCUCUCC